AACAAUAGUAAAAACCAAUAACAAACAAAAAAAUAAAAAAGAAGAAUGGAGAAAAAGGCUCAUCCUUUACUUAGAGGAGGAAGAAGAGAAACAAAAUAUAGCCAUGGAUUUUCUUCAUCAGAAAUAGAAACUUUAACAUCUAUUUGUGAAACAAUUCUUCCUCCUCUUCCUCUAAAUUCACUUCAAGAAAAUAACAAAAAAAUUCAAAACUUUCAUAAAGUUUCUGGCUCUCAAUAUCCAAUUCCCGAUGAGGUUGCUGAGAUUGUGAUGAAAAGGGCUUUUUUUGAAGCAAGAAUGUUGGUGAGGGGUUUGUUAAGAAUUCUAUCAACAAGAAUUGGGAGUUUGUUACUUUGUGGAUUAUUUUGUUUUGGAAAAAGUUGGCCUUAUAUUAACAAAUUCUCUGAUAUUUCAUUGGAUAAAAGAGAAAUUGUGAUGCAAAAAUGGUUCAACAACAGAUUUUUCACUCCUGUUAGAUUGGCAUUUAUGUUUGUCAAAUUCUUGUGUCUAUACAUCUUCUUUACUCAGGUUGGUGAAGAUUCAAAAAAUCCAGCAUGGGAUGACAUUGGUUAUCAAGUAGACAAUGAAGAGAACUCUUCAGAAACACCUGAUGAGAGACCUCUUCAGAAGGGAAUCAUCGAAACUAUAUACGAGACAGAAUCAAGCAUUGUAAAAUCCCUUGUCGAAAAAGGCCUAAAAGUCACAGAAGACACCAAAAACAACAUGUACAAGGUUCAAUGUGAUGUUGUCAUUGUUGGUUCAGGCUGUGGUGGAGGUGUUGCAGCAAGUGUUCUUGCAAGUUCUGGCCAGAAAGUCGUUGUUCUCGAGAAAGGAAACUACUUCGCGAAAUCAGACUAUUCUUCCCUUGAAGGACCUUCACAGUCUCAAAUGUAUGAAUCAGGAGGUAUACUCGCAACUUUGGAUGGUAAAGUUAUGAUCUUGGCAGGUUCAACAGUUGGUGGUGGCUCUGCUGUUAACUGGUCAGCUUGCAUUAAGACCCCUGACUCCGUUAUACAAGAAUGGGGCGAUGAUAAAAGAAUCUCCAUGUUCAAAACCCCUGAGUAUGUAUCAGCUAUGGACAAAGUUUGUGAACGAAUCAACGUGACAGAGAAAUGCACACAAGAAGGUCUACAGAAUCAGAUUCUCCGAAAAGGGUGUGAAAGACUUGGUCUUGAAGUUGAAGGCGUGGCAAGAAACUCAUCCGAGGAUCAUUAUUGUGGCUCGUGUUGUUACGGAUGUAGAAGAGGUGAGAAGAAAGGAACUGAUACAACUUGGCUAGUCGAUGCUGUGGACUGUGGAGCAGUGAUUAUAACAGGAUGCAAAGCCGAGAGAUUCAUACUCGAAAAGAAAAAGUAUGGGAAAACAAGAAGCAAGAAAUGCUUAGGAGUGAUUUCAACUAGUUUGAAUAAAGAUAUCACAAAGAGUAUAUGUAUUGAGGCAAAAGUGACCAUUUCAGCUUGUGGUUCUCUUUUGACCCCUCCACUUAUGAUCUCUAGUGGAUUGAAAAAUCGAAACAUUGGUCGAAAUCUCCAUCUUCAUCCAGUUGUAAUGGCGUGGGGGUACUUCCCCGAGUCCAACUCUGAUCUCAAGGGAAAAAUAUACGAAGGAGGAAUCAUUACCUCGGUACACAAAGUGGGGAGUCAUGAUUCGAAUGUAAGAGCUAUUAUAGAAGCUCCUGCUUUAGGACCGGGAUCAUUUGCUGCUUUAUGUCCUUGGACAUCUGGAGAGGACCUAAAGAAUAGAUUACUCAAGUAUGACAGAACAGCUCAUUUAUUUGCAAUGGUUAAAGACAUUGGAUCGGGGGAAGUUAGGUCCGAAGGAAGAAUUAACUACACGUUCAAUGGCACGGACAAAGAAAGUUUGAAACUCGGGCUAAGACAAGCUUUAAGGAUCUUGAUAGCAGCAGGAGCUGCUGAGGUAGGUACUCAACGUAGCGAUGGACAGAGAAUCAAAUGUAAAGGACAAAGUGAAAAAGCACUCGAGUCUUUUCUUGAGACGGUCACAGCAGCUGAGGGGCCAAAGUCACUUGUAAAGAAUUUCACAACUUAUAGUUCUGCUCAUCAAAUGGGGAGCUGCAGGAUGGGAAUGAACGAAAAGGACAGUGCAGUCGAUGAGAACGGGGAGAGCUGGGAAGCAGAAGGACUAUUUGUUUGUGAUGCUAGUGUUCUUCCAGGUGCUGUUGGUGUAAAUCCAAUGAUCACUAUACAGUCUACUGCAUAUUGCCUAUCCAAGAAGAUAGCAGAGAUGAUGAAAGACGGAAGGUUCUCAAGAUAAGCCAUACUCAGCUACUUAUCCUCUUUAUAUAUAUAUAUAUUGUAUCCAUAUGAAUUCGUAAUGUCUAGUCCUUCUUUGAUUGUUCAUAUGUUUGUAAUUCUCAUUUGAAGUUAACACUUUGUAUGACUAGUAUGGAUAAAGAGGAUAUCAAUAAACAAAAUAUUCAUGUUUGAUGU